AUGUCAACAACUGAGGAGCUGGCUGACGGAUUACUCAUACACACAAUAUCGCACAAGCUCGAUCACCACAGCCAGGAAAAGUGGCAGGAAGCGCUUGCAACGGAUAAGCUACCCAGGUGGACGGAUAUGUCGGCGUUCUUAGAGAAGAGAUGCCGCAUGAUGGAAAACUUGAAAGGCGCUACGGCACCUACGCCUAGCCACCAGGUUACCAGAAAUGUACAAAAAUUGAAUCGUAACACAUUCAUUGCAUCCUCAUCUAACAAUUACCAGCAAAAUUGUAAUUUUUGCGACUCAAAAGAGCAUUUUCUUGUUAAAUGCCCGUUGUUUUUGAAUCUGUCCCCAAGUUUGCGCCACAAGGAGGCCAAGCGAUUGCAUCUUUGCCUAAACUGCUUGCGCAAAGGCCAUGGCUUGCAGCAAUGUCGCUCAGGUCACUGCAGGCAUUGUCAACAAAAACAUCAUUCGUUGCUGCACAUGAGCCCCAUCACAACUCAAUCAUCUGCCCUGUGUACCCCAAGCUUGCAGGCUGCAACCACGAUCCAGCCUCACGCAUCGUCUUCAAGUAAUCCACCAUCUUCAACUCUCGUCAGCACUGCUCUUGAAUUCGCAACUGAAGCCACGAAUGCCCAGCCUGUAGACUAUGUGGUGCUUCCAACCGCCAUCUUAUAUGCCAAGAGCCACUCAGGUGUAUUCAUACCCUGUCGUGCAUUACUGGAUUCUGGAUCUCAACUCAACUUUAUCACUGCUCGUCUAGUAAAGCAGCUCCAACUCAAAACUCAUCAUGCUGCCGUAUCAAUAUCUGGUAUAGGCGAAUCAACCCUAUCUUCUAACAUGUCCACUGACAUAUCAGCGCAGUCACGUGAUAGGAGCUUCAGCACAUCAUUUUCAGCAGUCGUUACUCGCACUAUAACGGAUUAUCAGCCCCACUUUGGGUUAGACAUCUCUGGGUGGAAUGUCCCCAAAAACAUCUCGCUCGCGGAUCCAACGUUUUUCAAAUCUCAAAGAAUAGAUUUAUUACUUGGUGCCGGACUAUUUUUCGAUCUCAUUUGCAUCGGCCAAAUUCGAAUGGCGGAUAACCUACCAACGCUCCAAAAGACCAAGCUCGGAUGGAUUGCGUCUGGCGGACUCUCUCGCGUACACAACAAACACACAUCCCUUUCAGCCCUUUACCAGGAACCUAAUCCAUGGGAGGAUCCACUGUCGGAUAUUGUAAAACGAUUCUGGGAAGUCGACAAUUGCUGCGGUACAACCCCUGCGCUCUCUGAUGAAGACGCACUAUGUGAGCAGUUAUUUCUCCAAGGCUACACGCGACUAAAGUCAGGGCAGUAUUCGGUUAGGCUUCCAGCAAAGCUCAGCUUCGACACGCUAGGAGACUCAUAUCAACGUGCUCUACGACGUUUCAAGUCGCUCGAAAACAAAUUGGACAAAAAUCACCAGCUGAAGGAGAGCUACUCUGCAUUCAUGCGCGAAUACAUCGACUUGGGCCACAUGUCUUUGGCUUCCAAGCAGCAGCUUGUCCCACAAUUCUAUUUACCCCACCACUGCGUAGAAAAGCCAGAUAGCUCAACCACCAAAUUGCGCGUCGUUUUUGAUGGAUCAGCCAAAUCCACGUCAGGCGCAUCUCUGAAUGAUCUUUUGCAUACAGGCCCAGCAAUUCAACCCAAAUUAUUCAACAUUCUAAUUCAGUUUCGUUUUUUAAAGGUUGCCAUGUGCGGUGACAUCUGUAAGAUGUACCGCUGUGUCCGAAUAACGCAUCCAGAUCAAUUUCUGCAAUGCAUCUUAUGGCGUGAUCACAAAAAUGAAAGCAUAAGGACGUAUACCCUGGAUACAGUAACGUAUGGAACCAAACCCGCUGCGUUUCUAGCAAUUCGAGCGAUGCAGCAGCUGGCCCACGACGAAGAGCCUACCUUUCCACUAGCUGCAAAGAUAGUUUGUCGCGACUUCUACGUAGACGAUUUAGUUUCUGGAGGGGACUCUAUACAAGAAGCCAUUCAGAUCCGACAGCAAGUAAAACUGCUACUGGCUAAAGGUCACUUUCCAAUCAGAAAGUGGUGCUCAAACGAGCCUGAUGCAUUAAAAGGAGAAAGCGAAUCCGAUUGUGAGAAGCUAAUGGAGUUCAAGGAUGGCACCAACAUUGCAAAGACGCUUGGUUUAGCUUGGAGCCCUAGCUCGGAUAGCCUGCUUUUCAACUUUGCGGAGAUCGUACCCGAAGGACCAGUCACAAAGCGGAGCAUAUUAUCAAUGAUAGCGAGAUUUUACGAUCCGCUCGGAUUGAUCGCGCCCAUCGUUACCAGGUUAAAGGUAUUUCUCCAAGCACUGUGGAAGGAAAGGGUCAAUUGGGACGAAUGCCUGUCGCAGUCGCUGCACUUCGAAUGGAUCAAACUCAUAUCGCAACUCUCAUUUGUCAGCAUCUUGAAAUUCUCCCGUUUUGUAUUGAUGCCGCUGGCUACAUAUGAGCUGCAUGGAUUUUGCGACGCCAGCACAGCCGCUUAUGGUGCUUGCGUAUUUGUCAGAUCCGAAAUGCAAGGGGUAUCACAAAUACAGGAGCGAACCAAGGGCAUGACCUGGCAUCAUGUACCCUCUCAGCUGAACCCUGCGGACAUUUUAUCACGUGGAUGCACACCUUUGGAACUUUUAGACUCACAGCUAUGGCAUAAUGGACCCCCAUUUAUACAGGCCGCUAGCUCGACUUGGCCUCAAAACGUCGCCUACCCCUUUGAGCUUCCAGAACGACGCCAGAAAGUGCUGGUAGUAUCAACGAAGACGGACCUAUCGGCAUCUUGUAAAUUCAACAACACAUUUGCCAAGUUACAGCGCACUUUCGCAUACGUGUAUCGAUUUAUUGCGCUAAAAAGAUCUGAUUCGACGAGUUCAAAAGGUCCACUCACUCCAGAUGAUAUCAAGUGCGGAACGCAUUUACUUAUAAAAAACAUUCAACUUACGCACUUCGCCGAAGAGUACAAAGCACUCAGCUUAAAAAGGCCGCUUCCAACAAGAAGCAAACUUCGUUCAUUGUGCCCACUGUUGGACGCUGAGGGACUCUUGCGCAUCGGCGGGCGCCUUCAGAACUCAAACUUGGAAUAUGAAGCAAAGCAUCCGUUAUUGUUGCCUAAACGCCACCCAGUCACCGCAGCUAUGAUCACAUAUUAUCAUUUGGAAUUUCUUCAUGCUGGUCCGCAAUUCCUUCUAGCAACACUCCGCCAGCGAUACUGGCCCAUCGGAGGUCUCAAGGCUGUCUCAAAUAUCAUCAACAGGUGCGUGCGCUGCUUUCGAAUGCGACCUAAACUUCUGGAGCAAGUCAUGGCCCCGCUACCAGCUGAGCGUGUGCAGCCAAGUCCGACGUUUCACGUAACUGGCAUCGACUUUUGCGGUCCUUUCUACGUCAAAUCAGAGGUCAGGAAUCGCUCACCAACGAAAUGCUACAUCUCAAUUUUUAUAUGCUUUGCAACGAAAGCAACGCAUUUAGAGUUGGUAGAGGACCUGUCCACGUCAUCGUUUAUCGCUGCCUUGAAGAGAUUCAUCAGCCUUCGAGGGAAACCGCAUACAAUAUGGACAGACAACGCCACAAAUUUCGUGGGUGCUCGAAAUGAGCUGAAGGAACUGCGCGACCUGUUUAUAAGCGAUCCCCAGCGCAAUGAGAUUGUUCGCAACUGCCUAGCUCUGGGAAUCAACUGGAAAUUCAUUCCGCCCCGUUCGCCACAUUUUGGAGGAUUGUGGGAGGCCGCUGUCAAGUCAGCAAAAUAUCAUUUUUACCGCGUCGUUGGAAAUUCUCUUCUCUCAUUCCACGAAUUCCGAACUCUCAUCUGUCAAAUAUCCGCAAUGCUGAACUCAAGACCGCUUUGCUCUAUUACAGAAAACCCGAAUGACUUGGAGAUACUUACGCCUGGGCACUUCAUCUGGGGCAAAGCCAAUGCCACUAUCGACGAGCCAGACAUAACUCACCUAAGCAUAGGUCGCCUCAGCCGUUGGCAGCGAAUAUGUCACAUGCAGCAAUCAUUUUGGAAGAAAUGGAGUACAUCGUAUUUGUCGUUGCUCCAAGAGCGCGGGAAAUGGCGAUCGUCCAAGCAAAAUCUUCAGGCCGGCAGCAUCGUGCUGCUCAAGGAGGACAAUGCACCACCACUCAGGUGGCCGCUUGGUCGAGUCGACAGCGUCAUCACGGGUGACGACGGCAUUGUGAGAGUAGCAGUCAUUCGUACACAAAAUGGUCUGGUCAAGAGAGCCAUUGCCAAAAUCGCCGUUCUGCCAAUCGAGACCACAUCGGUUGAAAGCUUGUAUCUUCCAACGGGGGGAGCAUGUUCGCAGCAGAACGCCCUCUGA